AUGAUUGGUUCUGAGGAAGAGAGGAUCUUUUGGUUGGUUGUAUUCGUUUUGGAAGCAGUCGUCAUCAUAUUUUGUAACGUCCUCGGUAUUGUGAUCUUCACAAGAAAACACCAUCACUUCAAACCAUGUCUUCUACUGACGAACCAGUGUUUUGCAGAUUUUAUCAUGGGAAUUGGAGUGUUUUUCUACUGUUAUGACUUGAUGAAUAACCGACUUGAAUAUAAUCCAGAUUGCACCAAGAUGAAUGAUCUUCUCAGGACAAUAAUCUUCAUGCUCCCUAUGCCGGCAUCGAUGUAUUCUCUUGCUGUAAUUGCCCUUGAAAGAGCAUUUGCUGUAUUCUUCCCAUUUCGACAUCGUAGUCUGCAGACAAAGCACUAUCGUUACGCAAUAUUGAUAACAUGGUUGACGAGCUUCAUCACAACAAUAUGUUAUGUUAUUUCUCACUGUAAUGCAUUCAAUCCACAAGUAGUUGAAAUAAGUAUGUUAGUGUUUAUGGGAACAAUGUCAAUGGCCGGUAUGACUAUAAUGUUUUCCUAUGUUUCUAUCUAUAUAAAGCUCAAAUUCUUCCCAAUCUUUCAAAACAAUGCCAGUGCCAGGAAACAAAUAAAACUCUGCAGAACUUUAUUCAUUGCGACUUUAGCAUCGGCAUUGACGCUUUUGCCAAUGGGUAUUAUAACAGUGUACUCCCAGUUGCAUUGCGGUAGUAGGGCCGUGAUCACGUGCUUCCCAGGAUCUGUGCAUUAUACUGCAUUGGUGAUUCUCAUAUCAAACUCCUUCAUUAACUUCUUUAUCUAUUCCUGGAGAUUUCCUGAAUUUGGAAAGGAUGUGAAAGACAUUUUUGUUGGUAUUAGAAUGUGUGCUGUUCAAGUAGAUGCGAACCCGCAACCGACGAGGAAAACUAAACCUGAGCAGGGUCGAGGAGCGGCUGUUAUAAGUCGACUCUAGGGGUGCUUUCCAUUUAGGCAGAAC